AUGGAGUGUAGGACUGCGGGAUUGGGUUGGAUUUUCGAAGGAGAACAUCUUAGCAGGCAGAUCCAAUGCUCCGACAUCUACCCUUUUGUCCGAUCCCCAUUGAUGGCGGAAGCUUUAGCCAUCCGAUCGGCUAUGGAGGACACACUAAAACGAGGAUUCACCAAGCUCAAACUAGAGUCCGACUCCAUGCAAAUGAUCAAGACCCUCACUACGGCAACAGAGUUCUCUGAGCUGUAUGGCAUUGUUGGAGAUAUCCGAUCUAUUACUUCGAAUUUUAAAAUCAUUAGCUUUCGGUUCAUUAGCCGUGAAACGAAUAUGACUGCUGAUAUGUUAACAAAACGGGUCUUAGCCCAAUGUAUAACAAACCUCUUGUGA